GCUGGGAUUACAGGUGUGAGCCACUGCGCCCAUUGGGACACUUGUUGAUUCCAUAUUUAUUGUCUGCUGUUCCAGGGACUGGGGACUAGAGGUGAAUACAGCCACGUUUGGACUGUCUAGGAGGUUGUGAUCCACAGAGGAAACAGACUUGAAAGCCAACUUGGGGCAGGGGGUGAAGUAUCGUAAUACUGCUGUCUGUGUGUAUAUGGAGGAAGGUUCCUAGUAGCAGGGUGGUUGAGAGAAUGCAUCAUCGUUGCAGAUUGGUGCUUCUGUUAUAACAUAACAUAUGCAGAUAUGUUAGGCCAGGGAGAAAGAGAGAGAGAGAGAGAGAGACAGAGAGAGCACGAGAGAGACUGGGAGGGAGAGAGACACACAGAGAGAGGUUUUCAAAGCAUUGAUAUGGGGUCUACGUAUCCUGCCCCCCCCCCCCAUUCCCUAUGACCAUAGAAGCAUGCUGCCCUGCAAGGCUUUUGUUUGCCACCUUGAAGACAUGGAUGGAAUCCUCAGCUGUGACCUUGCGUUGCCUCCUGUCUUCAUAGUGGAGCUUCUUUAUCUGACCUGUGCCUCUGAUGAGCAGCCCUCCAUCACAGCCCUGCGGCCACGUCCUAGGCCCCUGCCUUCAGCUCUCCAGUUCAUUUCCUGUCUUGUUCCCAUUGCCACCUGCGGGCUUGGAGGGCCACCUGACGCCCUCUCCCUCGGUUCCCCUGUGACUCCAGAGCUGCUCCCCUUCUGGGGUGCCCACAUCUGCGACACACUUGUUUGCCGAGUGCAUUUGCUGCACUUACAGUUCCUCUCUCGCUCUCGUAUUUCCAUUUAAAGCCCUCUUGAGAGGUCUGUCUCCUGCCAGCAGCAUUCCUUCUGGUUUACUAGAACUCUGUUUCUUACCCUGCCAGGAAUCCAGACAUGGAGUGAGCUUCAGCACAGCCUCUCUGCAGUCUCUUGUCUCCUCCAAAAUUGUGGCCUCUGGCUGUGAGAAACGGGCAUCCUGAGUCAGUGAGACCAGCAGUUAACAUGCAGCAUCUUCCCUCCCCGCCCCCCCACCCCAAGUGAGCCUUUCUUAUUCUUCCUCCUCUUCCACUCAGCCUCAUCCUGCCUUGGGUCCAUUUGACAGACAGUGACUCCUUCAGUCCUUGUUGUCUUUUGUGUGGUGUCUGUGCCUGACAGGUCAGAAAUUACUUGUGAAGCAAGAUGGGGGAUCAUUGGUUGUUUCCACUUUUAGGAGGAAGUCAGAAUGGCUCCUUAGUGAUGCUUAGCCAAUAAGAAUGUACUGAUUUGGUUUACUAAUAAAUUUCAUUUCUGAAUACCAAUAUAUGCAUAGCCUUGUUUGAAGAAAAUUAAGGAGAACUGUUUUGCAAGUGGCAAUGAGCGUAAGACACUUACAAUCUUCCUGCCCUUGCUGGUGCGGGCUUCUGUGCUCCCUGACUCUCCUUUUGUUAAAGGUGUCUGGGAAGGCAUUUGUCCUUCGGCUUCCCAGCUGGCCUCUUGUCUUCUCACUCCUGUAGCCCAUGGGUAGAAUCUCUCGCGCUGUGCACGCCUUGCCCUGCUAUCAUCUGACCUUGCCUCUGU